AUGCCGGAGAUUGACGCGUUGUUUGAAUCGAUCAAUGUUCGGAACCUUCUCACCGGACACGAUCUCAACGAUCCGACGACUCCAUUAUCGGCGCCGGAUCUCCGUCUCCUCAUAAACCGCUUGGAGUCUCAUUCCCUACGGAUCAAGUCCAAAGUUCAGUCCUACCUCGUCGCCCAUCACUCUGAAUUCUCGGAGCUUUUCUCAACCUGUCAAGACGCCGUCUCGAGGACUCGUCUGAUCUCCGACGACGUCUCCGAUGUCCUGCAAUUGAUUUCCGACCGUUCGAUUGAUGUUGAGAUUCGCAAAGUAGUUGAUGAGAUAACCGAAAAGACUAAAGAGGUGAAAUUGAAGAGAGAAUCGCUUGAUUUAGUGAGUGCGAUUGUUGGAAUCUGUGAGGCAUUGCAGGAAACGAAGGAAGCUCUGAAAGGUGGACGAUUCAGAUUCGCUGCCGAGAGAAUCAGAGAACUGAAAGUUGUAUUGAGGAUUGGUGAAGAAGAAGAAGGAGAACCUGUUGCUUACGUUAUGCUUAGGAAGGAAUGGUCUGAUUGCUUUGACGAGAUUCAAGAUGUGCUUGCAAAAUUCAUGGAGACUGCAGUGCGUUUUGAGCUGGACUCGCGUAAGCUCCGGAUUAAUUACCAGCUUAGCAUUGGUGAGACUUCUGGGAUUGCUCUUAGUACUGUUCUCGAGGCAAUGGAGGUGAUUGGAAUGUUAGACUAUGGGCUAGCGAAAGCAGCUGACUCAAUCUUCAAGCAUGUCAUCACCCCAGCUGUAACUCAUCCAUCCACCUUUAUCGCUGUUGAAGAUUCAAGUGAAACCUCAGGGGAAAUAACCGAAGCGAUAUUGAAGCUAGAGAAAUCCUCAGAUCAUAAGACUGAAGAUGUGAAUGGAGAUGCUAUAUAUUCAGGAAUUCUUAAGGUUGUUAAGUUCAUUUGCAGUUCAUUGUGCUUUGGAAACGUUACAUGGAUCCAUUCUUUCGGGAGAUUGACAUGGCCAAGGAUUUCAGAGCUAAUUAUUUCUAAAUUUCUUUCGAAGGUUGUCCCAGAAGAUGCUUCAAAACUUGCUGACUUUCAGAAAGUUAUCGAGCGGACCUCUCAAUUUGAAGCAGCUUUAAACGAAUUAAAUUUUGUUUCACCUGAUGCGGAGAGAAGGCUCAGUACAUAUGCUGAAAAUGUUGAGGUUCAUUUUGCAUCUAGAAAGAAGAUAGAAAUUCUAGCAAAAGCAAGAAAUUUGCUGUUGCGGUGUAACUUUAUGAUUCCCCAGGAACUUGCUAUGGGGAAUGCCAGGUCGGAUGGUGAGGAAUCUUUAGAUGUGAAUUCUUCGAAGCACAUCGUUCGCUUACUUUUUUCUUCUGAAAUGUGUGUGGUGUCUGACGCUGCUUCUCAACUUAUGCAUUUGGUGCAUAAGACUCUCGAGGAUGUUUGCGUGUCUUCUGCAAGGGUUGCUUCAGAGUUCUACCACGCUGCUCGAGAUUCUAUACUUUUAUAUGAAGCUGUUGUUCCCGUCAAGCUAGAGAAACAACUCAAUGGCAUCAACCAAGCUGCUGUUCUUCUGCACAAUGAUUGUCUAUAUUUGUUCGAAGAGAUACUUGGAUUUGCUUUUGAGUAUCGUGCUAACUUCCCUAGCUCCGUCAAGGAAUAUGCAGUAUUUGCUGACGUGGCCCCAAGAUUUAAAUUGAUGGCAGAAGAAGUUUUACAAAGACAAGUUCAGCUAGUAAUUUCAAGUUUGCGAGAGGCUGUAGACAGUGCAGAUGGAUUUCAGGAUACUCAUCAACCGAAGCAAUUCGAAUCUGCAAAAUUUAGCAUUGAGCAGGUUGUCUUUAGUCUAGAGAAAGUGCAUAUGAUAUGGGAGCCGGUCUUACGGCCCAAAACUUACAAACAAAGCAUGUGCCUAGUUUUAGAGUCGGUCUUUCGCAGGAUAACCAGAGACAUUCUUCUUCUAGAUGACAUGGCUGCUGAUGAAACUUUUCAGCUACAAAGACUAAUUCAUCUCAUGUUGGAGAAUCUAUCUUCUUUACUCGGUUCCCUGAAAUCUGCAGACGACACUUCUCGUCCUCUUGAUGAUCUCAUACCAUCUUUGCGUAAAACCCGGAAACUAGCAGAACUAUUGGAUAUGCCUCUCAAGUCUAUAACUUCAGCUUGGGAAAGUGGCGAAUUGUUUAGUUGCAAUUUUACAAGAACAGAGGUACAAGAUUUCAUUAAAGCUAUAUUUACAGAUUCGCCGUUGAGAAAAGAAUGCUUAUGGAGGAUAGACGACAUUAGCCAGUAG